AUGGCGAGAGUUGCAUGGAAAUCGAAAUCCUGCGCGACAUGUCGACGAAGGAAGAUCAAGUGCGAUCGAGCUCGUCCCCACUGUCAAAAAUGCCGGCUCUCUUCCCUGCCAUGUGAGGGUUAUUAUGGCAUGGGCGUCUACGUCCGUCUUCCACUGCGAUCUGGCGGUAAUAUUGGACAACAACAAAAUUCAAGUCCAGGUUCAGGUCCAGCAUGGGCAUUGACGACGACCACUGGGGGAAAAGUGGCCAUCCCUCCCGUCGUGACGGUCCGUCAAGAAGAUGAGAUGGUGGCCCUCUUCCUCGACAUUUUCAUGCCACCGGGCUCGAUCCAGCGCUGCUCGACGUGCCAGACGGUGUUCAGCUGGUACAGCGAUUUUCUCUCCCGGGUUGGCGCUGGCCGCGACAGCAGCAGUAGUAGCAGUCCUGUGUUCUAUCUAUCUAUCAAGCAACCAAGUCACAGUCACUCAAAGACCAGACCAGACCAGAAAACAAACAACAACAAAAGUACUUAUAGUGUAGCAUAG